AUGGGAGCAAGAAGAAAUAGGAUGAGAGGACGGGGCAGGAUCCAGGCCCCUGGCAAGGGUAUUGGCAGAGAGAUUGGCGAGAUUAAGAAGGAAGAGAGGAUGGAGGGGAAGUUCAAUGUCGACUUCCAGGAGCUUAGUAAGGAGCUGUCGGGCAUUGAGAUAAAAGAGAGUGCAAAGCACUCUGAUGCCGACGAACCAAGUUGCUCGGAGGAUGCUUGUAUGGAUAAUGGGCAUGGACAGGCAGAGAAGGCCAGCACUGAAAGAAUGGUAGGCUCGGAGGUUGGGAUCGACGAAGAGAAUAAGGAGGCGGAAAACAUGCAGGGAGAGAUGGUAGAUGCUACGAAGGAGCCUUCGAUAUCCCAUCUGAUGACACCAAAUGUACUGACGGCUGUUAUACCUCAGACGCCUAUGAGAAGAGUGCUUCAUGAAGAGGGGAGCCAUCUUCUUGUCAAGGAGGAAAGCAUGAUGCUCCCCAGCAAGAUGGUCAUCAACAGGUAUCCAGGGCAUCUGUUUGUUCACAUAGACCAGGUGGAAAGAUUCAUGACGCCCAGGGAGGAUGUGGAUAGCAUAUCCAUCAAAGUUGAGUCCAAGGGCAUCUCCCACGAGACAAAGAGAUAUCCUGUGCAGGCAGACAUAGGAGUCGGCGAAAUGCUGCGGAUUCCUAUUCGGAAGAUGGAAAGUACAGGUAUUCUGCUAAGGCUCAUACUUUUGCUGCACCACAAAUCUGGAGACGUAACAAAGUCAUGUGAAACCAUGCUUGUGAUUGAUGGAAACAAGAUUCGCUCUGUGCACAACAAUCUUCUUGAAAGCAGGCUGGUGUGGGACAACUACGUGUCUCGGAAUCUGUUUAAGGGCAUCCGAAGCUUUUUCACAAGUGGAGCGCCGGAUGCAUGGAGCCUGAAGAUCUACUUAUCGUUUGUGUCGGAUGACGAGCUCCGGCUAAUUCCUGCACCUCUCCCCCAGGACCUCAGGUCCCUCAGCAAGUGGCUGGUGGUGAAGAAGUUCUCUUAUAACAUAUGGUUCAGGGGGUUUGUGAAUCUCAGGGGAGACCUGGGAAAGGUGUGCACCAAUCUGUGGAAGAGAAGAUAUGUAAGAUGCUAUGGAUACGUGAUCUUUGUAUUUAACGAGCACUCCAGAAGCCUUGUUGGAACGAUAAACCUUGUGGAUGCAAGCUUUAAUCCAAGCAUAAGCAACAAGGUGUAUCUAGAGAACUUCCUCCGGAUCAACAUCGGACAGAACAUGAUCGAGCUACACUUCGACACGAAGGACAAGUACAAUGCAUGCAGAAAUGCACUAACUACAAUGCUUCCCCAGGCGCUGUUCCAGGGAAGGAGAUAA